CGUCACAAAUGUCAAACAAAAUGUCACGAAAAGGGAAACGAAGCUAAGGCGAAAAGCAGUCGCAAAAAUAUAAAUAACCGAAAAACAACGAACCAGACACAAUAAAAAAGAAUGCUUGAUAAUCCAGUAAAAUCAAUUUGCAUAUUUUGGUAAUUAAUCGAGAUAAGGAGAUAUGCCGGCUAAGCGAAAAACAUCUCCAUAAAAUAUCGUAAAAAGUGUGAAUUUCUGAAAAAUAAGGUUUUUGGUGAAAAAUAUGUCAUACUUUGCGGUUUAUAUACCGGAACCGGAGUUUCCAAGAACAGACGAUUCCAAUUCUUCAGGCAACACCAACGUUAAUCACCAAAGCUUGAUCUUCAUGGAGAAAUCCCAGGCACUGGAUGUCCUGCGUAGACACAAGGAGGCACGUCUUCGAGAGUUUCCCAGUCGAGAGCAGGCCCAGAACUACAUCCAAUUCGGUUUCGAGAGUCGCAAGGAGCAAGAGAAGCAGCAGGAACACCAGCAGGAACUACCUCCAGUCACCAGCGAGCGUUCUUUCUUCCACUCCCCCACCAAGCAAGAGCUUCAAGAGUUCCGCAAACAAAUUGAGGCAGGAAAUCUGGAACUGGUCAGGCGGAUUGUGUGGGAGAAUCCUCGCUACCUUAUAAGCAGCGGCGACACCCCAACUAGCCUCAAAGAGGGUCCUCGCUACAAUGCCAUGCACAUCUGUGCCCAGUUAAAUCAACCCAGCAUUGCCGAGUUUCUUCUAGAGACCAUUGCGGAUCCAGCCUUUGGCGAACUUUAUGCUGAUAAGAAGGGUGGCCCUGAAAUGUACAUUGAUCUUAGCAAAAAUCUGCUGGAUUUGUAUCUCAAUAUGCCGGACAAGUCACGUGGCGAGACGCCCCUCCAUUUCGCUGCAAAGAAUGGCCAUGUGGAUGUGGUCGAGGUCCUCAUCGGUUAUCUGCAGUGCAAGUCGCUGCUAAAUCGUGAGGGUAAGGAGCCCAGGGACAUAAUCUGCCAGCGGAAUGAACAGGUCUCUCGAGAAACUCUUAAGAAGCUUGAGCUUCUCUUGGGUGAACCAUAUUACGUGCCCGUACUGAGAUCUGAGACCAAUGAAGUGCCCCCAGAAGUGGGUCAACCUUACUCCCCCAAAGAGCCACCGAACUUGCUGAAGAAAGAAAGCACGCGUCUCAGGGUCAAGUUGACAAUUAGUGCCCUGGCAGGACCCAUGUCCCGAGAUCAGGCCUUGAAGUUCCAUCGUCGCUGGAAGACUCCACCACGCUUGGGCAGUAAUUCAAUGUCUCCCUUGGCCACCUUGCCCUUCACUUUGCCGGUGAAGAUGAUGCACAGUAGGUCAAGUUCGAUGCAAAUGUCUCCCAGAAAGCUGUUUAGCCUAGACUCAGAGGAGUUGCCAUCUACAUUGAACACCGAAGAUUACCUGUUGCAAGACCUAACCCAGGAGCUAUCGAUGUACACCCUGAAUGACAACUUCCGAGAACGUCACAUCAAGAACUCGAAUAUUGGUAAGGGUCUGGAGGUGGUAGGUCGCCAGUUGGCUCGCGAGGAGCAACUGGAAUGGCGGGAAUACUGGGAGUUUCUGGACGCCUUUGUGGAUAUAAGUUCUUCCAAGGGUCUGGCACAACUGGAGAGUUAUUUGAAAUCAAAGAUGGCUCAACUGGAGGGUAGUGUAUCCGAAGCCCUUGACCAUAAGCUGAAGAGCACUGAAGCGCUGGCACAGGAUCAGGAUGAGUUAUUAAAUUUGGAAGAUACCGAGGAUAAUGACUCCUUUUACGACUUGAGUUUAUCGGAUUCAAGCAGCAUCAGCAGUAGCGGGAGGAGCAGCUUUAGCGAGGACAGCUUCAAAAGUAUUCCAGAACCCACAGUAUUUAUAAAAGGAGAAUCUCCAAUGAAGUGGGAUUUGGAUAUCUUAAAUGCUAUCUACCAUGUGGAAAUAGACGAGAAAACCUGGCCGUAUGUCCACGCUUGGAAAACUGCCUUGGAGCAAUACUCUCCCAAGGAUAUGGAGCGCUUUCCUUCACCACAAAGGAUUGGAAAAACCCGCAAGCCUGGCUGCUGGUAUUCAACCACAUUUCAGGAGGAAUUGAACAGCUACCAGACAUCAAUACAUCCCAAAGGGCUUUUUGGAAGCUAAAAAUUAUGGAAUUUAGACAAAAAUUAAACCUCCGAAUUUUUUAUACUGAACGCCAAGAUGCCGGGAAAGUGUGAUCUAACUACACCUUAAAAAAUUGUAUUAAAUAAGAAGCAGCCAUAAGAAGUGCUUGAAAAUCUGUGCUAA